ACGAGGGCCCCGAGAACCGUUUGCUUGUCUGUGAAGCUUCCCAAGAAAAAAACUCGACUCGACAACUUUUAGGAAAGACACGAGUUUGGCAUCAAAGCACACGAGGCAGCAACGAGGAAACAACGACUCAGCCGUGCCUGCCCUUCCCCGCGCCAUUCGCAUCAACAAGACCUUGGACGCCGCAUCUCCAACCAACCAUCUCGACCAUCCCUACCACAUCCUAUCGCAGCAACCAUGACGGACGUUGGCGGACGCAGAAGCUUCAAGGUGUUUGGACAGGAGUUCAUUGUCGACGCGCGGUACAAUGUCACAAAGGAGUUGGGCCAGGGCGCCUACGGUAUCGUGUGCGCAGCACAAGCUAGCCACGAUCCGAAAGAGCAGGUAGCCGUCAAGAAAAUCACAAACGUCUUCAGCAAGCAGAUCCUGGCCAAGCGCGCCCUCCGCGAGAUCAAGCUGCUGCAACACUUCAGAGGCCACCGCAACAUCACAUGUCUCUUCGACAUGGACAUCCCCGGCGGCCCCGCCAGCUACAACGAGGUCUACCUGUAUGAAGAGCUGAUGGAGUGCGAUUUGGCUGCCAUCAUCCGCAGUGGCCAGCCAUUGACAGAUGCCCACUUCCAGUCCUUCAUCUACCAAAUCCUGUGCGGUCUCAAGUACAUUCACUCGGCCAACGUCUUGCAUCGCGAUCUCAAGCCCGGUAACCUGCUCGUCAACGCCGACUGCGAGUUGAAGAUUUGCGAUUUCGGUCUUGCCCGUGGCUUCAGCAACGAGCCCGACAAUGUUGCUGCCGGUUUCCAGACCGAGUACGUCGCCACGAGAUGGUACAGAGCUCCUGAGAUUAUGCUCAGUUUCGCAGAGUACACAAAAGCCAUCGAUGUGUGGUCGGUUGGUUGUAUUCUUGCCGAACUUCUCGGAGGUAAGCCCUUCUUGAAGGGCAAGGAUUACGUCGACCAGCUCAACCAGAUUUUGCACGUCCUCGGUACUCCCGACGAGAGCACCCUCCAGCUCAUUGGCUCCCCUCGCGCCCGCGAGUAUGUCCGCGGGUUGCCUUACAUGCCUCGCAUCCCAUACCAGCAAUUCUUCCCUCGCGCCAACCCCGACGCCCUGGACUUGUUGGAGAAGAUGCUUGCUUUCGUCCCUGCCAAGCGCAUUACCACAGAAGAAGCUCUCGAGCACCCAUACCUUGCUAUCUGGCACGACCCCAGUGAUGAGCCUGCCUGCCCGACGAAAUUCGAUUUCCGUUUCGAGGUUGUUAAGGAGAUUCCUGAGCUCAGAACAAUCAUCUUCGACGAAGUUAGACGCUUCAGAGGUGAAGUCCGCGCCCCUCUCCAGCAGCAACAACAACAGCAACAGCAGCACUACGGCGACUACCAACAACAGGCCGGUCAAGUACCCAUGCCCGACCAAUGGAACCCUCGUCAAGCCGAGGACCCACGUCCUCAGGCUCUGGGUGAGAGCAACACUGAAGGUCUUGAAAGAGAAUUGGAAUACGGUUUGGACGCUCAAUAUGGCCAGCAGCAGAUGCGAUAGACGUGAGAUCGCAGGCUUUUUGGCGAACCCAUUCAUCCAUCCAUCAUUUCCCUUGCGCGCUGGCAGCGCAGUCUUCUCUAAUCCACAGCCUUAUCAUCAUCUCUGAGCACAUCAUGUUUGUUUCUGUUGUUUUACCAUCUAGCGCCGCCUUGGAGGAAUGAACCAGAGUAAUGCAGCUAUGGGGAUGGACAUCUGCUUUUCCUUCUGAUUUAGUUUUGCCUGAGAAAGCAUUGAGGCUUAAUGAAGACCAUCUUUACUUUAUCUUAU